GUUCCAUGCACUUUAUUAAAAUAUUUUGGGUUGUUUGCCAUGCUCAUUACUAUAUUAAACAUAUUGAAUAAUCGUUUUCAAUGCUGAACAAAGAGACUUAAAUAUUUUAUAAAACCAAUUUUACAUUGAAAGAUACUUUCAAGGACAAUAUAUAUUUUAGUUCAAUGGCAAGAUUAGGAAUGUGAUAAAAAAUGUUACCGUUUAUUUCAAAGUCUGACACGAGAACGAGGCGAAAUAUUUUUAUUGGAGUGACACAAUGUAAAGGUUUGCGAGCUUUUAAUGUUAUCUGCAAUAGGCCUAAGCAAAUACCUCGGAUCCGUGAUGUAGUUUAGUUGUGCAGCUUAAGUACGAUAAUAAAACAUACACUUUGCAUUUUAAUGAAAUGAUUUCAUAUAAGUGCUUUGAUAGCUUCAUACACCCUUUGGACAAUAAAAAUGGAUUUGUUUGUCAGGGUCUUUGUCAUAAUUAUUCUAUAUUUAGCUAUAGGUAAUUCUUCCACAACGACGACUAUACCAUAUUCAGAGGCAACAUCACCAACUACAUAUGCAUAUACAAACUCUGUGUCAUCGGGACUAGAAUCAUCAACAUCGUUUGUAGACACUUCUUUUUCAUCCGUAUUACCCACGGACGUCUCACCAAACUUUUCAUCAACGACAGAAACCUCUACAGCAUUUUCAUUAUCGACGUCUUCUGAAUCAACUCCACAAAACAUACGCACAUCUACUAUACUAUCGACAAACACAACACCGACAACACCAAUAACACCUAAAUCAUCGGCAGCAUCGUUAAUACUAACGACUACACUUGAAACAUCAUCAACAGAGAGCAAUGUGACAUUAACUCAGUCAACAAUGACUACAUUUUAUGAUUCAUCAGCAUCACCAGAUUUAUCAACGAGCACUCCGACUAUACCUCAUUUAACAACCGAGAACACUACAGCACAUACAGACGCAUCAACAUCAACCUCGACUCGAACAAAGUCGACAGAGACUCCUACGACCAAUUCAUCAACCGAUAUCACCUCAACAACAUCCGAGUUAACAUCAGCAAGGACACUUUCAACUGAUUCAUCGCCCACAGAAAUAACAUUACCCACACCAGAAGAGAACACUUUAACAAUUACUUAUCCAUCCGCCAAAAACACUAUAUUAUCGGCCAAGUCAACAACUACAUUACCAACAACUAAUUCAUCAACCGUUAGAACAACAUCACCAGAAUCUACAGAGAACACUGAGUCAUGGACUUUCUCAACUAUUGGAAGCCUUAUAUCAUCAACUGAUUCAGCAACGACAACAUUGAACGAAUCAUCGACAAUAAAUAUGACAUCUUCCAAGUCAUCUAUGAACCCAACUGAUUUAACAACCAUUAAGACAACUCUAUCAACCGAGUCCACAACAACAAUUUCGACUGAUUCAUCGACCUUGGAAAUAACAGAAUCUUCAGAGAACACAACUUUAACACCACCUUUUACAACAGAAACUUUAACAGAAUCUUCAGAGAGCACAAAUUCAACACCACCUUUUACAACAGAAACUUUGACAGAAUCUUCAGAAAGCACAAAUUCAACACCACCUUUUACAACAGAAACUUUAACAGAAUUUUCAGGGAACACAAAUUCAACACCACCUUUUACAACAGAAACUUUAACAGAAUCUUCAGAGAGCACAAAUUCAACACCACCUUUUACAACAGAAACUUUAACAGAAUUUUCAGAGAACACAAAAUUCAACACCACCUUUUACAACAGAAACUUUAACAGAAUCUUCAGAAAGCACAAAUUCAACACCACCUUUUACAACAGAAACUUUAACAGAAUUUUCAGAGAACACAAAUUCAACACCACCUUUACAACAGAAACUGCUACAGAAUCUUCAGAGAGCACACAUUCAACACCACCUUUUACAACAGAAACUGCUACAGAAUUUUCAGAGAACACAACAUUAACACCACCUUUAACAACAGAAACUGCUACAGAAUCGUCAUCAACACCAAUAGAUACUACAACAUCAGCACUGAUAUUAUCAACUACGACAUCGACGGUGACAUCUUCACCAACAGUAACUACAGCAACAAUACCAUCAACGACAAUACAAACCUCAACAGAAUCAACAAAGAGUUCCACGACGUCAACACCCAUUGAAACCUCGUCGAUUUAUAUAUCGACAUCGCAAUCGUCAACAUCUACUACAGAUUUAACUUCCUCACCAACAUACUCAACAGAUUUACACACAUCAACGACACAAUCUUCGACGGCUGGUGACCAUACUAAUUCUUCAACGUCAAAUACUUCAACAGAACAACUCACGACAGUACCAACAUUUACCCGCUCGACUACGAUAAAACCAGACUGUGGCAGCCCACCAGAUAUUCCUUUUGGGUAUGUUUAUUUAGAAGCAAACGGAUCUGUCGCCAAAUAUGUUUGUCAUCCAGGAUAUAAAUUAUUUGGUAAUGAAUUCAAUCAUUGCAAAGCGAACGGUAAAUGGGGUACGUUAUCAACAGACCAAGCCAGGUGUCUUUCAGUAGAUUGCGGUCCUCUGCGAUUAUCUAUCAAUAACAGUGAAGAGACAACAUACAUUCCGAAAAAUUCUACACAUUUUGGAAGUGUCGCCUUAAUAAAAUGCAAAGUUGGAAAUUCUUUUUCAAAUGGAAACACGAGUGCUGUAUUUAUAUGUUCAGAAAAAGGUUCCUGGAAUGUCAAUGUAUCAAUAACAUGCUCGCCUGUAUACUGCAGUCGCCCAAACGUCACAGACCAACCUACAAUUUCAGAUUCAAAUGCUACUUACAAAGUUGAUUCAGUCAUAGACUAUUCUUGUCAAAGCGGUUAUGUAUUAGAAGGCUAUCGUUCUCGCGUAUGUCUGAAGUCUGGACAGUGGAGCGGAAGUGCACCUAAGUGCAUAAAAGCUCCAAGCAAACAAGCAAGUCCAUGUGCAAAAACCACAGACAGCCAUGGACAGGUUUGGAAUGAAACAUCUCCAGGCGAAACAGUAGUGUUCCCAUGUUCCAAAAUAAAUCAAGAUUUGUCUGAUUAUGUAACGAGGAAAUGUUCAAAAGUAGGGAAAUGGCUGUUACCUCAAUACAACUGUAUUAGAAAGGCGCUAGAGGAUAUUACUGAAAGUGUAAAUAUUAUAAAAGAAAAACCGACAACCGAGACUGUUGUUCAUGUGCUUGAUCAACUAUCGUCAUUAACCAAUCAAACGGACAGCAACAAAACAUAUAGUGGUGAAUUAGAAGCGGUAACGUCAACUCUUGAGGUCAUAGCAACUAUUGACUACACUAACAUAACCAUAAAUGACAGUCUUUCUACGUCCUUCUUUGAAACUACAAGUAACUUGUUGAAUACAAGUAAUACUGAGUCCUGGCAAGCUAUAGGCGACCAAUCGUCAACGUCGCCAGAGGCAUCAUCAGGGGCGUCAAAGGUUUUAGACGUAAUUAGUAAUUUCACUGAUGCUAUUUCAAGCUCAUUUAAUCGUGAUGGAGGAGGGAACUUUUCAAAAACAUUUGAUAAUUUAGUUUUGGAAAUAAGGAGUAUUCAGGACUCACCGAAUAUAAAGUUUCCACCUACUGGAUCACAAAGUGCUUCUUUGGAUCUACCCAAGGCUUCUUUGACAGGAUCAACGACCUAUUCAGCUGUUUUAUACAAAAACCUGAGUGGCAUGAUGUCAAUAAAUACAGCUUUUAGUGGAAAUGACAUAGAACUCGGCUCGUCAAUUAUGUCAGUAAAGUUGGACAGAUGGACGGAAGUUAAAGACUUCAAUAUUACGCUAACAUUCCAACACUUUGAAACUGGUCAACAGUUAUCAGCAACAUGUAGUUACCGCAAUGCAUCAAGUGUACUAUGGGGGAAAGAUGGAUGUAAAGUGGAGCAUUCGGAUAAUAACGAAACGGUUUGUGAAUGUGAUCAUUUAACCAAUUUUGCGAUCUUAAUGAGUCCAUGCACAAAGGAGAAUGUUGAAACGCAAGCAAUACGUAUCAUAUCAAUAGUAGGCUGUUCCAUAUCCAUGUUGUGUUUGAUAAUAACGAUGCUAACACAUAUAUAUUACUGGCAGUUUGUGAAAUCCGAUCGUGUGAAGAUACUGAUGAACCUUUGCUUUGCUUUGCUGAUUUCGUACAGUAUAUUUCUCGGCGGUGUUGAUAGAACAGCAAAUAAGGAUGUCUGCACAACAAUUGCGGUAUUGUUACAGUACAUGUAUCUCGUGGUGUUUUUUCUAAUGUUGGUAGAGGCUGUAGAAAUAUCUUUUGUUGUUCUUUACGUGUUCACUACUGAGUCCAGACUAAAAUGGAUACUACCAUUAGCUUGGUUACUGCCAGCUGUAAUAGUUGGCAUAUCUUUAGCGGUUACUCAGACAAAGGGCUAUGGAAACGAUAAAUCAUGCUGGCUUUCAAUUGAUGAUGGACUCAUAUGGGCUUUCGUAGGACCGGCCCUUUUGAUAAUUUUGGUGAAUUUUAUUCUGAUAGUUCUUGUGUUGAAAGCCAUUUUCAAGACAAAAAAAUUGUCACAGAAAUCUCUGAAGGGAAGGACCAUAGCUGGUAUUCGUUGUCUUUGUGUAUUACUUCCUCUUGUUGGCUGCACCUGGGUUAUCGGUAUAUUUUAUGUGAAUGAAGACUUGGCGUGGAUACAGUAUGUUUUUGCACUCUGUAAUGGGCUUCAGGGUUUGGCAAUAUUCGUUUCCCACUGCUUACUUAAUACGCAGAUAAAGCAUGCUUACCAAAGACAGAAGAGAUACGCAAGUUCUGGUCUGUUCACACGGUCAACUUCAAAUCCAAUCAUCACUUCCAACUCAUCAACAUCAGAUAUAUUCAACAGUAUCAAAGAUAGUUUUGGAUCAAAAACAACUUAUCACCUAGACAGGAAUGUUCGCGAAAGGCUCUCAGGGGCUGAACGAAUUGAACUGAAACAUUAUUCAGACAGACAUUACCAGUUUGAUGAAUGGUGACCUUAAAAUCUAUGACUCUGUCGAUAACGGCAGUGCAUGGUGAUACUAAUGAACUCUUGAAUAAUCUUAUAAUUGGAUUGGCGAUUAAGUCAAACAUAGACUACAAUCAAAUCAUUGUCUGAGAUUAAUUACAUAUCACCAUAUUUUCGACAUUUUCAUGACAUUAUUUUCUGUGAUACAUUGUCUGAGCUGUGUAGAUUACAUUUAUUAUUGCUGUCAUUAUAUAAUAAUUAUAUAGACGUUUUUAUUAGUGUUUAUUUCAUUUUGAUAUACUUGUUUCUGUUGUAACAAUGCAAAAUAAAGAAAACAUGAAACAAUUGUUAUUUAUUUUGGAAACAAAUCUUAUGUAAACAAGUCUUACCAACAGACAUUAGAACGUGUAAAUGCACUUAAAAAGAAGAUGCUGAAAUGUUCAUGAAUAAAAAGACCUGUGCAUGGAAAUCAGACCAAGGAACAAUUAAAAAUUUCAUCGGUUAUUGCAUAAUUCAAGGUAAUACAUAUAAAACACGAACCUUCUUCUAUGGCGCAGUACCUUCAAUUAUUUCACACCUCAUUUAAUGUUAUCAAUGAACGUCUAGGGCUUGCACCAUGUGC